AUGAAUACCGACUAUCGCAUUCAAUUCCUACUUCUCCGUGAUGAAUUCCAUGUUAUUAGAGAAAGGGCUCUUGCCGACAUGAACGAUCACACUAGCCUCCAAGGAAUUUGGGUUCAUCCUGCUAAGAGCAGCGCUGAAAUGGAAAUCGAAUUUGAAAAGUUGGGGCCAGAGGAUGACCGGUAUCUUUCCCAGCAUUUUCCAAGCUGUCAAGGGUCUUUUACAUCGUCGGAUAACGGGCAAACACCACAAGUCGGACCAUCAAUGGGGAACAUGGUGUAUGAUGCACCAAAUUCCAAUUCUACACCAGAGGACUCCUCCUCACUCAAUACACCCGAGUGCGUAUUAGCCCAUUGCCCACCGCUCAAAGUUGUUGAAUGCCCGAAUACCGAAGCAAAGUCGCGACCGAGGCCAAGAAAAGGUCACAAGAAGUCCAGGCACGGUUGCUUCAACUGCAAAAGCAGGAAGAUAAAGAAUGAAUAUGUCAUGCAUGCGAUUUUGGGCCUGGCAGCAUCCCAUCUGGGGAUGAUCACCGGAGAAGAUCUCAACGCCACAGCGUUGCAUCACCGGCAUCUUGCUAUUCUGGGCUCCAAUGAAGCAAUUUCCCGAGCACCACGAACUGGUAGCGAUGGAGAUGCGCUCCUAGCAUCAUGUUACCUCAUUGCCUUCCAAUCUACCUACAUGCCUGAUGGUAUGGAGGAAACCUUCCGCAUGCUCCGCGGAUGUACCAUGCUUAGUAGGCAACUCAAGUUGGAGGAGCUUCCAAUGGGAUUUUUCUGCAUCGACCAUUUCGAAUAUAUGAUUGAGAGGCUCUCUAAUAUACCACUCAUAGACACAUGUUCGGUACAAAAUGCACAGCAAGCUUUAGCGGCACUGCUACCGACAGUCGAAAAGUCGAACAAUAUAGAGUUCUACAAUCAUUUAGUAGAUAUAACUGACCUCCUGGCAAUAUCAUCUGUACGAACAUAUUUCAAGUUUCUGGGGGUAUAUCAGUGGAUCAUCAGCAUGAACAACAACAAGCUUCGCGAAUUUACUGCCCCCGAAAACGUAGUAUCACGGAUUCUGCUCAUUCAUUUCCUAGCCAUCCAGCUGGUUAUGGGACCAAUUAUCGAUCGAGAGUUCGGGGAAAGGCGCUGCGUGGUAACGCUUCGUGGGCAUCUGGACUGGAUCAAUUCAGGCACCCACAUCUUGCCUGCGGAUAUGCGGGAUCUGAUCGAAUGGCCCAUAAGUGUUGCGCGAUCUAAUACUGGCAUGUCCAUAGUUAAGUGA